UCGGCCCACUCGGCCUGGCGGUGAUGAUGGAGGCGGACGCGGCGAACGGCGCCUUCUACCUGGAGCAGGUUACAAUCACUGAUGAUGCUGAAGAUCAAUACCGCUAUGAAGAGGUCUCCAUUGCUGAUGAAGGCAGUGCACAGGACGCUGAUGAAGACCUUGACUUUGCCGUAAGGAGCCUUCAGGAGCUGAGUGAAGAUGUGCAAGCUACUGUGCGUCGGCAGGACGUGGGGGAAAAGCCCCCAGUGGCAAGACAACUUGAGGCCAUUGAUGACUUUGUACGCAAUUUUCUGUUCCGGAUGGGCAUGAGCCGUACCCUUGACUGCUUUCAGAGCGAAUGGUACGAGUUGCAGGAGAAGGAACAGCUUGGCAAGGCCGAGCGAGGAACGGUGUCGGAUGUCUACAUUCAGAACCAGGAGCUACACGACAAACUCACGUCCUUACACAGAGACCUCGCCAAGUUCCAGGAUGCCACCAGACAAACGCAGGACACGUUGGUGACCCUUCGUAAAGAGAGGGAUCACCACCGCAUGCACCACCAGAGGGUGCUGCAAGAAAAGAACAGGCUGCUGAACGACCUCAAGAGAUUGCAAAAGCAUUAUGCCUCGUACGAGCCAGCUCUCCGGUCACUGAGAGAGAAGUAUGAGGCUGCCCUGAAGGAGAAGAUGCUCACCAAGCUAGAGCGGGACCGAGCAGUGGGACAGAUUGCUGGUCUACAAGCCACUCUACACAGUCUAGAGUCUGGGCUUGAGGAGCCAACACCAAUAAUUGCAGGCUUUCACGACGCAACAGAGACUGGUGUGGAAGGCCCGUCUCAGCGCCGUCUCCGAGAAGCCCGGCAGCAGGGCAUCGCACCAGCCGACGAGCCGGCGAAGAGCUCUGCAGUGCGGCAUGCCAAGGAUUCAGAAUUCCCCGUGGAUACCCGGGUCAAUCCAUUCCUGGGCCAGGUGCAAAAGCAGCCGAGUGACGCGAUGCGCAGUGGCUCGCUGAGGAUUUCCCAGACGCUUAAGGCACACGAGAUGCCUGUUAGCAGCAUGGCGCUACACCCUCGUAAAGAGAUUCUCGUCACAGCCAGUGAUGAUCAACUUUGGAAGAUGUGGUCCAUUCCUAAUGGGGACAUCAUCAUGACUGGCCAGGGCCACACUGAUUGGAUUGGAGAUUGCGAUUUCAAUCCAACUGGAACCAACUUGGCAACAGGUGGCGGUGACUCGACGGUGAAGGUGUGGGACUUCUCGCAAGGCGCGUGCGUACUGACGCUGGAGGGUCACGGUCACGCCGUGUGGGGCUGCUGCUGGCAUUCGUGUGGGGACUUCAUCGCUUCCAGCUCCAUGGACAACUCCAGCAAGGUCUGGGAUGUCAACAGCGAGCGAUGUCGCCAGACACUCCGAGGCCACACCGACUCUGUCAACAGCGUGGAGUUCCUCCCUUACUCCAACACGCUGCUCACCAGCUCAGCUGACAAAACCCUGUCUUUGUGGGAUGCUCGAACGGGAAGAUGCGCACAGAUAUUUUAUGGACAUUUGCACUCCUGCAACCAUGGCACUUUCAACCUUAAGGGCGACACCGUAGCAUCCUGCGAUUCAUACGGAGUGAUCAAAGUAUGGGAUGUCCGUAAAGGUACUGCGACAAUGACACUGAACCUGGGACCACAUCCAGCCAACCGUCUUUCCUUCCACCCGUCUGGAUACGUAAUGGCAGUGGCCAGCGAUGAUGGCUGUGUACGGAUAGUGGAUCUGUUAACAGGACACGUGGAAACACUCAGUGGCCAUGAAGACGCUGUCCAGACCGUCGUCUUCUCACCAGACGGGGACACACUCUUCUCAGGAGGUUCAGAUGGUACCAUACGAAUGUGGGAGUAGCCUGACAUAAUCCAUGGUGAUGCAUCGAGGGUAAGAAGGUUCAUUUCAAGACCACGAUUAUUCGAUUUUUGUUUUAUAAAUACGUGUGCUUAGUGUCCAUUUACAACUUUAACCACUUUAUAUCAUUUGUGUUAAACACUUAACAGGGAGGAGAUGCACCAAUACAAAUUGGACACGACUUGGUUUAAUUCAUACAAGUCCUCUUACUGAACCAAACAUGCUGGUGUCAUCAUCACUGAAUUUGUUGUUUUUUGUGUUUUAUUCAUGGCAUCUCUUGACAAUCCAACUAUAUUUGAAGGAAGCCUCAAGCGACUACAUUGCAGUUAAAUAUUCCCUGAUUAUAUCACAGUUAUGAUUUUAUUGACUACUUAAAUUGAAACGUAUAACAUUUGUCUUUUGUGGAAAUUGUCAUUCUUAUUGCAAUGUAAUAAAAGUUUUAAGGGUAAAACGGUCUCUGGAAGUUUCUACAUAAGUUAAA